AUGACUAGCUAUGGUAGAAAGGUUUUAGGUAUAUAUGCAGCUGGACAGUGCACACACAAAAUAGCGACGACUGACAAUGGUGGUGUGUGUACAGCUUUUAGACAUCUAUAUCAGGAAGGUGGUUGUCGAUCAUUAUGGAAGGGAAAUGGUUUAAAUUUGUUGAAGACCUCACCAGAAUUUGCUAUUAAAUUUAGCAUGUAUGAUUGGAUGAAAAAAACUUUAGGGUCGGCAGAUUCAGAUAUGAGUAAUGGAGUACGUUUCAUAGCUGGCGCAACAGCUGGGGCAUCAAGUCAAAGUGUUUUGUAUCCUGUUGAGAUCACCAAGACUCGGUUAAUGGUAGGCCAUUACAAAAGUGUAAAGGAAGUUAUAAAUUUUACGUGGAAAAAUGAGGGUUUAUCAGGCUUCUUCAAAGGGUAUGUGCCUCAUACGACAGGGAUGUUGAUCUUCACUGGUAUUGAUCUAACAGUGUAUGAAAUGGCAAAACAACAGUUCAUAGGUUUUAACACACCACAGUGGAUACUCAAUAUGGCGUCUGCUAUGUGUUCUAGCACUUUUGCUCAUUGUACAUGUUAUCCCAUUUCCAUGUUGACCACAAGACUUCAAGUUAGCAGUGAGCCCAAGAUAAAAUUUAUUCAUGUUGUUAUGAAAAAUAUCAAGAAAACAGGUUUACCAGGUCUUUAUAGAGGAUUCACACCUGCUCUCAUAAAAAUUCUACCAACGAUGACAAUAAGUUAUGUAGUUUAUGAAGAAUUAUGUUCGAUUCUUGGUGUUAAUAUAUUCAAUCAAACAUAUUUAAAAUAUACAAUUUGAUUUUAUGUAUUGUAUGACAAUCCAUAAUGGAUUUAGGAUAGAUAAAAUUAAUUUUAAUAAUGUUUGUUGUUAAUAUUUGUCGUUGAUUUUAGUAGGCUUCAAAAUUAAUAUUUCAA